AUGAGCUCUGAACCUAAGGCGCUUCAGAAGAUCCAGCCUGCGUCAUCGCCUUUUAACAAACCUUCCGCGGAUGUCAUACUUCGCACCUCUGACGAGGUCGACUUCCACGCACAUAAAAUUGUUCUCUCGUUGGCGUCCUCAUUCUUCGAAACCAUGUUCUCCAUCCCGCAGCCUGCAAGUAGCGACCCCACAGAGCGCCCCGUCGUCAAGAUGGUGGAAGACAGCAAGACGCUCGACUGCCUGCUGCGGUACUGUUAUCCUGUGCAAGACCCUUUCGCCCCAAGUCUUGAGCUAUUGGACAGUGUCCUCGAAUCAGCAAAGAAGUAUGAUUUCACGGAAACCAUCGAUUUAGUCACUGGAAAGCUAUGCGGCUUUCUUUUCACGAAUGCCCUCUCCCUCUUCGCUAUUGGCUGUCGUCAUCGCAAUGAAGAUUUGGCUAUACGUGCUGCUGCAGCGUGGAGGACUACGAAAAGCCCUAAAAAGGGUUCAGGUCUCUUCGGCGGAAGCGUCGACUUCCACGCACAUAAAAUUGUUCUCUCGUUGGCGUCCUCAUUCUUCGAAACCAUGUUCUCCAUCCCGCAGCCUGCAAGUAGCGACCCCACAGAGCGCCCCGUCGUCAAGAUGGUGGAAGACAGCAAGACGCUCGACUGCCUGCUGCGGUACUGUUAUCCUGUGCAAGACCCUUUCGCCCCAAGUCUUGAGCUAUUGGACAGUGUCCUCGAAUCAGCAAAGAAGUAUGAUUUCACGGAAACCAUCGAUUUAGUCACUGGAAAGCUAUGCGGCUUUCUUUUCACGAAUGCCCUCUCCCUCUUCGCUAUUGGCUGUCGUCAUCGCAAUGAAGAUUUGGCUAUACGUGCUGCUGCAGCGUGGAGGACUACGAAAAGCCCUAAAAAGGGUUCAGGUCUCUUCGGCGGAAGCGUAACGAUUGAUGAUGAAGCUCUGUUGGCUAAUUGGCGCACAUCUUGGCAAUCCGCGAAGUUCAGCCACACGCUCAUCUCGCAGAGCUAUACUUCCAUCAUGAAAGGGCGAAUAUCUGCCGCCUCUUUCUUCCGACUGCUGAAAUACCUUAGAGACGGUCACAGCACGACCUUUUCGCACCCAACUCCUGGGCCCGCCAGCAACGCAACCCCUCCAGUUCCCACUUCUGUGGACGAGAUCGAGCAGCUUGCGAAGGACCAUCCUUUCGAUCGACCCGAUGCCGACUUGAUCCUACAAUCUCAUGAUGGGGUCAGCUUUCGAGUGCAUCGUGCUCUACUUGAGAUGAACAUGGACCCCGGAGUAUCCAACCGGACUCUCGAUUCGGCAUUUGAGGGUUCUGUAGAAAGCGCCAAGGACAGCAGUGGUCUCCCUGUCAUUAAAGUGAAGGACGACAGUCGUACCCUUGGACUUCUCCUACGUCUGAGCUACCCUCCCCGCCAGAGGGAUACGAUUCCCGAUUGGAAUCUCGACAAGCUCGGGAGCGAGACGUCGCUGCGCGUUUACGAAGCUGCGCAGCGAUACGGCUUCUCCUCUAUCCCCCGCGCGUACUGGACCCGCAUGAACCAGCUUCUUUCAGACGAACCGCUACGAGUUUACUGCAUCGCCGUUGCCCUUGGGUGUGCGAAUGAGGCCCAGCUUGCUGCACGCCAACUUGCGUUCUCAAACCUCCGCGACAUGUACUGCACGGAGAUGGAGUCGCUGCCAGUCGCAAACUACUAUCGUCUUCUCGAGUUUCAUCAUAGCUGCCAGGCAACAAUUCGUUCAGUCUGGAAGAAACAUUUUUCUCCAAAUGACACCGAAUCUCAUGCAAAGAUCUUUGGACUCGGGUCGAUGAAAACCGUUCCUUCGUCUCCGUCUGGACAGCCUGCUUCUAACUCCUCGAAUGCUGCAAUAUUUCCGGUGGGGAAUUUUGGUUCAGCGGACCCUCCUAUAUCGCAUGAAACGAACCCAUCGGCGAUGUCAUUUGAGUGGCUGGACGCGCCUGGGGUCAACUCCGUUCAUCAUGGAAUUUGGACAGCACUUCUGGAGCGCGAGGUCACGACAGCUACCAAGACUAGAGCAAGCAACCUGGGUGGGCACAACAUUGGUUGGAAGGCGAUAGCGCAGACGAAGGAGAAGGUGGAAAGUGCUAUACAACAGGCACUGCAGUCUCUUAUUUUUGAAGCAUAA